AUGUCGACCUACCCACUGCGCGGCAUCCUCUACUUCCUCGGCGACCGGCACCUCUGGCGCCUGACGCUCUGCCCCGUGCUGCUGACGGUGGCCGUGGCGUUCGGCGUGGCUGUCACGCUCUUCACCUUCACGCUGCAUCGGCAGGAGCGCGCGCUGUACGACGCGGGCCUCUCGACCUUCUUCGCGUGGCUGAUAGCCGUCAUCUUCGUGAUCAUCGAGGUGUUCAUCGUCACGGUCGUCUACGGCCUCGUGUGCCUCGAGUGGUUCAAGGACAAGAUCUUCGCGCACGUCUUGAUCGAGCGCGGGUACCGGGAGCUGGUGGAGAAUGAGGAGCGCCACUCGCCCUUUUUGCGCGUGCUCACGUCCUGCUGCCGGGUGAGCGUGAUGCUGCGUCUCGGGCUGCUGGUCAUCACGCUGCCACUCAACAUGAUCCCGGUGCUGGGCAACAUCACGUACGCGUGGCUCAACGGCACGCUCAUGGCCUGGGAGGCGCAUCUGUACUACUUCGAGAUGAAGGCCUUCGACUUCGAGCAGCAGAAGGAGAUCGUCGCUGCGCGGAAGCUCCAGUACUCGGCCUUCGGAAUGGGGGCUAUGCUGCUCGAGAUGAUCCCCAUUGCCGGCGCCAUCUUCAUGUUCACGAAUGCGGCUGGAGCUGCACUGUUCGCUGCGAGCAUUGAGAAGGAACUGGAGAAGCAGGAGCGGCGCAAGAACAGCUGGGGCGGCAAGGGCAAAGAGAGCAAGAAGGAGAAGAGCAUUGAGAUGGACAAGGUGCCGCUCGUCAACAAGCUCGGUGCGUACGUGCCGCCCUACGGAAGCACUUCCAAGUAACUUGAGUGAGGAAGACGAUCGCAGCAGGAGGUACCGAAAAUGGUAAUGGAGAAGUAACUUGUUCAUUUCAUGAC